CGAAACCAGCGGAUUGUAGCCACUCGACAUGCCGACGCACAAAGAUGGCGCACCAAGAAGCCAGAAGUGGGCAAAAUUGACAUGGAAAACUUCAAGAAUCGAUACUGCUGGACAACGGAAUACGAAGAAUAUGCCGUGGAAGCUCUCGUCGGGCCUUGGGAUCUCCACGAACAAUACCGGGACGAAAAGAAACGACGCCAGCCCCAAGACUUUUUCCGUAGACAGUCUAAUAUUGGUAUGCUGUCUGGGCUCACGAUGCCUGGCAUGCGGGCAGAAAACCUCAACCGCGACUUUCGAGGCCCAAAUGGGAAAAGCUAUGCAGCUCCAGACGUGGACUUGAGCGAGCUCUACAUUCAUCGCAUCCGCAUCAAUUCGAUCCCGAUACUUGGCUAUCUGACUGAUUUCAUGGGGCUAUCUUCUGAAAGAGAACAACCCAGAACAUUCAUGAGACCAUACAUGACCCUGGUCUACUUCCAACCGUACAUGAAGAAGAUGCUAGCCCGGCUCGAGGAGAGACUUGCCGAUGCAGAAGGCGAUACCGAGGAAAACGACGCUUCAGACGCAGAAGAGGAAAUCGCUUCCAUAUAUACCGCGGAACUCGAAUCGAUCCGAUAUGACGUCGAAGAGCAAAACAAAGAAAUCGAACGGCUCAUGACCAGCGCUGAAGCCCUCCAGGACAUGAGAUGUUACGUCAGAUUCAUGGAAAAAGAGAUCAUGCCACAUUUCGAAUUCCUUCGAGGGCAGCAAGCAGAGAAGGUCAUCUUCGACGAUCUAUGGUGCGUGUUCCGUCCGGGAGACUUAAUAUACUCGCACAAUAUGGGACCCAAUAGCGACCGCGGAGAAGAACUCUGGCGGCUCUAUCGUGUUAGAAUUCCCAGAUUCACGACAUCGUAUGAGCACGUCGGAAGCCGGACUGGCGAGAAUGGUCAGUACCGGGCGGACGACAAGGUUACUCUAUAUUGCUAUCAUAUCGACUACGACGGGUCUACAUAUGGUGCCGUUCGUAGGAAGUUCGACAUUCCUUACUUCCCAGGGCGAAGGGCCAUUCGAAGCUUAGCUGUGUACCCACUGCGUUUCGCCAAGAACUGUGACGGGAUCCUUGAAUCCUUGCGAUCGCGAGGCCAGAAGUUCCAGAACGCAUUCGCUCAACGCCAUCAAUCGUACCAGAACUGGACUCUCGAAACUGAGCUCAAAACUUCCUCAGAGUUUAUUGAAGGCCAUGUCAUUGUGGAUUUUGAGGAAACGUUCAAGAAAAUGCCUCACUGGUGUCCAUCGUUUCAUCAUCCAUCGAUAAACAAGGAGACCACUUUCGACGAGAAUCAUGAAGACUGGGACAUCCUGUUCUGGAAGGACAAACCGGACGAGGCAUCCUCCUCGUACUUCGUCUGUGUAGACAGAAUCAUACAGGACCAUGCAAUCCAGCUAUUUGAGCGCCGGGAUCUUUUCUAUGAAGACCGAUUUUGGGAGCGGCAAUCCAAAACCUUUGGCUUCGACACAUACGACUCACCCGAACAAGCAACAACAAUCAAGGACGCUGAUCUUGUUCUUCUCCCUAAACGAUCAUUUGCGUACACACUGCGUGAGCGUAAAUUUGUUACCAUCGACAUCAAUCAUCUCAGACCCGUCCCCAUCGACAUUGGCAUAUUCGACAGCCUGAAAAUCUCGCGAGAUUACAAGGACAUCAUCCGUGGUCUGAUCAGUUCCCAUUUUCAGAAAAAGGAACUUGAGCGUCUUUACACCAGCCGAUCUGUGGAAGGAUUGAGCCAAGAUCUGAUCCGAGGCAAGGGAAAAGGCUUAGUGGUACUGCUCCAUGGAGCCCCAGGCGUGGGCAAAACCGCCACGGCCGAGGCGGUCGCGAUGGAGAACAACAAGCCUCUCUUCACAAUUACUUGUGGCGAUCUCGGCCUGACCCCUUCAGAGGUUGAGACAUCGCUCAAUGACAUCUUCCGUUUAGCCCACAAGUGGGAGUGCGUCCUUCUCCUCGACGAGGCCGAUGUGUUUCUCUCGCAGCGUUCUCGAUUCGAUCUCAAACGCAAUGCCCUCGUCUCGGUCUUUCUCCGAGUUCUUGAGUACUACAACGGUCUCCUCUUCCUCACGACGAACCGGGUGGGCACCAUCGACGAGGCAUUCAAAUCACGCAUUCACAUGUCUCUCUACUAUCCACCGCUCAACAAGAUACAAACCACAGAGAUCUUCCGGCUGAAUGUCCUCAAGCUGCGACAGAUCGAGCAGCAGAAGUCCUCGUUGAUAAACAAGCCGCAGCUCAUUAUCAACGAGAAAGAUAUCAUCGAGUUUGCCGAGAAACACUUUGACGAGAACAAUGCUAAAGGAGGCUGUUGGAACGGUCGUCAGAUUCGCAACUCAUUCCAGAUCGCAUCCAGUCUGGCCUACUAUCACUAUGAGAAGAAAGUCCGUGAAGCCCUUACGACGAUGCAAGAGCCCCCAAAGGCACCCGAGCUGGACAGCAGGUUUUUCAAUACCGUCCAGCACGCGACUCAUCAUUUCAACCAGUACAUGGAGGAGACCAAGGGGUGGAGCGACGCAGAUCUG